AUGAAUCCCGAGAGGAAAAACAUUCACAGUUACAAGUUCGUGGAACCUCAAUUGACUGUCUUGAGGGGACUAAGGGCACGUCUAGAUCUUGGAAACAAAGAUGACUUCAAGACGUCUUAUGGCAACCUUUUGGGAAUCCUGAACACCGAAGUCAACACCACUGUUGUGCACACUCUGGUGCAAUUCUACGAUCCUCCGCUAAGAUGCUUUACAUUCCAAGAUUACCAACUGGCACCCACAUUGGAAGAGUAUUCACAUAUUCUGGGUAUUAGGAUCAAGAACCAAGUGCCUUAUGUGCGCACUAAGGAACUCCUCAAAUAUCAAGUCCUUGCUGAAGCCCUCCAUAUAGGGAAGAAGGAAGUGGAGCUGAACUUGAAACAUAAGGGUGGAAUUCAUGGCUUCACCUUAAUGUUUCUAGUAGAUAAAUCUAUUGCCUUCGCCGAAGCUGGGAGUUGGAUGAACUUCAACGCCAAUCUAGCUCUACUAAUCUAUGGGAUCGUACUGUUUCCGAACAUGGAAGAAUUCGUAGAUCUGGCUGCUAUUCACAUCUUUCUAACUCAGAACCAUGUUCCCACUCUUCUUGCUGAUACUUACUACUCCAUCCAUGUGAGGACCCAAAAGAAGAAAGGAACCAUCGCCUGCUGUACUUAUUUGCUGUAUAGAUGGUUUAUUUCGCAUCUACCGAACAAAGGCCCUUUUAUUGAAAACAAAGACAAUUUGAAGUGGUCCCAGCGGAUCAUGUCCUUGAACGCUGAAGACAUCUCCUGGUAUUCUCGAAUCUACGACAACAUCAAACUCAUCCUCAAUUGUGGUGAUUUUUCUAAUGUACCUCUUCUUGGUAUGAAAGGGGGAAUCAAUUAUGAUUUGAGGUUGGCAUUAUGA